CAUACGGGAUGCCCGUGCUAUUGUUGGUUUUGUGUUUGUGACACUCCCUGCAGGUUCAGUGUUCUCAUACGGGAUGCCUGUGCUAUUGUUGGUUUGUGAACUGCAUAGGGUAAAGGACCCCAGGUACAGUCACUGGCUGUACAACACUGACCACAGUAUGCACAGUACCUCCCAAGUGUUGGUUACCUUGUUUUGUGUUGUUUGGGACAUUUAUGAAAACUGUUGUAAUUUUGUUUUGCACUUAAUACAAAACAUUUAUAUUUGAGCUGCGUACCUGGCUUCCUCUACUUCUUUUUAUUGCAUCUGCAAAACCUGAGACACUGAAGAGACGAAGUCGUUCUGAAUCCCGAGACUAUUGACAAGUGAUUGCUUAACAUGCUGUCCUAGUCAGAAAUCAGAGACAGUAAUUCCACAUCAUGACCUCUAUUUGCUUGCCAAGAUAAACCACAGAAUCAAUCAAGCGUUUCACGGGUUUUUCUUACUAGCUCAUUGGGAUGUAUUGUAUCCCUACGCUGCUUCUCAUCCAGUUAAACAUCAGUCCGGUUUGUGCAGUUGUUUUGAGUGUAACAGUGGCUCGCAGGUGACUUUGGGAACGCUCAUGUUUUUGUGCUGACUUUGAUAGAUCUCCUAGAUUGCUGUAGCCAGUGCUGUUCCAGAUCACACAAUACAGUUCCAGCAGGAUUCUUUGUUUAAUUGACAGCUACAGGAACUCACUCACUGAAUUUCUUUGCAAUGGCAAUCUCAGAAGGGACUGGGCUUCCAGAGUUUGUGUUUCUGGCGAUGCUGGAUGAUGUGCAAUACUCGUCCUUUAACAGCACCAUGGAAAAACCUGUCCUCCGAACACACUGGAGGAAUGAGACGAAGGGUCAGGAGUUCUGGAAAAUAAUCAGCUGGCAUAUUCUCUAUGAUCAAGACCUCAUAAAAUGGAGUUUGCGAAAUACAGUCCAGCACUUUAACCAUACUGGAGUUCACACUUAUCAGUACAUGGGUGGCUGUGAGCUGGAUGAUGACGGGACCAGGCGGGCAUAUUUGUCUCACGCGUAUGAUGGGAAGGAUUUUAUUAGUUUUGAUGUGGAGACCCUGACCUGGAUCGCUACUGGGCCACAGGCUGCCUUCUAUAAACACAAGCGGGAAGCUAACGCAGCCCAGCAACAAAUCGUUUUCAACUAUUAUCGCAGAGACUGUUUCCAGUUGCUGGAGCAGUUCCUUCAGUAUGGGAUGGAGACCCUGCAGAGGAAAGUCCGCCCUGCAGUGACGCUGAUACAGGGGAAAGCGCGUGAAUCUGCAGGAACGGACGUCAUCUGCCACGUGACGGGGUUCUACCCCCGAGAGGUUGAGGUGAACUGGGUCAGAGACGGGGGGGCUCUGCUGGAGGAGGGGAUGUGGAGUGGAGAGGUGCUGCCCAACGGGGACACAACCUACCAGCUGAGAAAGAUCCUGACAGUGAGUCCUGAGGACCAGAAGAAACACAGCUACUCCUGCCAGGUGCACCACACCAGCCUGGAUGAGAAGAUGGAUGUGAAAUGGGCUCCAGAGGCUGCUCUGAACGUGGGGUUUGUUGCUGGUGGUGUGCUGGCUGCUCUGGGUCUGAUUAUCGCAGUGAUCAUAGGAGUUCACAUCUGGAUGGAAAGAGCAUCAGCAAAGGAACAAAGUGAUGCUUCAUCCAGCUCCACCAGCGACGACAGGUGUGACCCCGUUGCAGAGAAGCUGAUGACGCAGACAGAAUAAACAACUGGGCUUCAUCUUUUACACUUCAUUGUGUCUGAUAUUACCACACAGAGCGAUCACACAAACCAGUAGACGACAAUGUCCUUGUGACAGGGCGAGGAGCCCUGUACAGGAUUGUUUGUUUAUUUCUAGACGGGUAUCUCCCCUCCGCCCCUGUGUCUCAGUUGUGUUGUGUUUGUGAUUUAUUUAUUUGUAAAUGUUUUGACGGCGUAGUUUUUGUGUUGCACCGUGGAUGGGAAGCCUCAUGCACAUUAGAAACCCGUGCAGAAUGUGGCCGAGGGAUUAUCAGAUAAUUGAUAGCUGGUUAAUCCCUUGGUCACUAAUAUAAAAGCCUGCAGCUCUCCCUGCUCUGGGGGGUGUUCAGAGGAUCUGCACAGACUCACCUGUGUGCUUAGUUUUGUGUUUGUGAUUUUGUGUUUGAAUUGUAAUUGUUGCUCUGUGAGCAGUGUGUUUUUGCACUGCAGUGC